AUGACAUACCAAACAGAGCUACAAAACUCUGAAAUUAGUGAAGAGGAACAAAAACUACAAAGCUCUGAAUCCUUCAAAGAGGAACAGGAUUUAACAAAGGUGCUUAACAUUGAUUUCAAAAAAAUUGAAAGCUUAAAUAUUAAAAUCCCAUGUUCCAUUUGUGAAGAAAUGGUAUACAUCAGCCAACUUUUUCAUCACAAAAAAGUCCACCAAGCUCAAGCUGUACUGAAUUAUCAGUGGCCAUUUGCAGAGCCUAUAAAUAUAAAAAAAAUAAUCCUUCGGAGAAAGCAACUCAUUUUAAGACUGAAAAAAACUGCUCAAUAUCCUGAACGAGAGAUAGAAAAGAUUGGUUGUUCCAUUGAUCUUCUUAAGGAGAGUAUCAAAACUUCUCCAUACUUCUGCAUUGAUAACAUUGUUCAAAGUUCUGCAUAUAUUAAAGAAGUAAGCAAUCCACUGAUUAAAGGCUUAGCAAUUUGUCAAGAUAAAAAUGCUGUUUGGCACACAGAAAUGGAAGAUGUGUUUAUUGUACUAGAUAAUUAUGGACACAAGAAAGAUACUUGCUUACUUGGACUCUUUGAUGGAAACAAUGGAAUUUCUGCUGCUCAGUUAACUUCAGAUGAACUUCCUCUUCUACUUCUUGAACAGCUUUCUCAUAAUGAUUCCUCCUACCAGAUUAGUGAUGCUGAAAAAAACAUGCUUCAUUCUUUUUGCACUGUUUUUAAAGAAGAUUAUGAAGUAAAGGAGCAAGUAUUUGCGGUAGCAAAAGCCGUAAGCCAAAACUCACAACCAAAUAAGUAUGAAUGGAUUCACAGAGCAUUUGCAAAAGCUUUUUGGAGAAUGGAUAGGCUUUUAUGUCUUGGACGAGGUGAAGUUUCCAAAGUUCGCUGGAGUAGCUGUACAACUGCCAUAUGUUUAGUAGAAAUGGCAAGCAACAUAAAACAAAACCAAAAACAACAAGAAGGGGAAGAAACAGUUGAAACAAUAAAUGAUAAUGAGGAGCAGAAUGUCAUGCAACAUGAGAAGGGACUACCUAAAACAAACAGAAUGAUAAGAAGUAUCUUAGAACAAGAAGUAGAAAAAAUUAUGGAACAGCAGGAAGAGAAUCUACUUGGAAGAGUAAGUGAUGGAGAAGGACAGAACAAUAUAGAGCAAGAGGAAGACUCUGAAACAGAACUGCACCAAGAGGAGCCACUUACAAAAAUCUGUCAUGGAAAGGGACAGAGUAAUACAGAGCAAGAGGCAGGUUCUCUCACAGAACAUCCUCGAGAACUAUUUACAAGUGCAAAUAAUGGAAUGAAAAAAAGCAUCAUAGAAGAUAAUGAGCAACCAGCAAAUCGUAAAGAUGAGCUCCAGAAAGAAGGUUGGAUUGAAAAUAAUGAGAAUUCAGAUGAAAUUUAUGGAAUAAUGCAUAUUGCUAACAUUGGUAAUGUUCAUGCAGUUUUAUGCAAAAAUGGAAAGAGCUAUUGGCUUACUAAAGAACACUCCACGUACUGCAGAGAGGAAAGGAGACGCAUUCUUCAGAAUGGUGGAUCUAUCAGCAGUAAUGAGCCUAAAGGACUAAUAGAAGGACUAAUAAAAAAUACUCGUGGUCUUGGCCAUCAUGGGAACCCAAAGAUAAAGAAAACAGUUAUUCCUGUACCAAAUACAAUCUCUUUCUCUGCUGAUAACUCAUGUCAAUUUCUUAUUAUAGCAACUAAUGGACUUUGGGAAGUUUUGGAUAAAAGUGAAGUUGUGCUAUUGACAAUAACUUUGUUUUCUGCUUACUUGGCAAAAUAUCAACAUGCCCAAUUGAUGAAACGUUAUAUUCCCAAUGCUUCAAAGUUAUCUUUGGAAGAUCAAGUCUAUUCAUGGUAUCUGAAUCGUGAUUUUUUUAAUGAAUCAGAUUUAGGCAACGAAGAGGAAAUUGAAUCACAUUUUCAGGUAAAGGUUCCAAUUAACAAUAACACAGAAGAAAAAGAAGUAAUCCAGUCAAAAAGCCGUACUAUUUCUACAAAGCAACUCUCAGAAAAUUCUUUAGCAACACCAGUUAAUGUUCCUACAUCUUCAAAAGAAAAUACUCCACCAGAAGUAACCAAAAAAGAAAGUAACAAAAAUUUAGAAGAUCUGAUAUCUGAAAAUCAUGAAUUUUUACAGAUAUCUGAAGAUUCAGAAACAAAUUCUGGAACAUUUUACAAUCUUGCAGCAAAAUAUAUUACUAAGCACUUAGUAAAAGCUGCUCUCAAAGCAGGUUCUAGAAAUAAUGUUUCUGUACUGCUAGCUCUCUUAAAUGGAUGUGAUAAUGUACCCACUGAUGUGUUAAUGGGAAAAACAGAGUCAAAAACACUGUCAUAAUGCAUACGAAAUAAACACUU